ACACAGUCAUGGGCUGAAAAGGCUCAACGGCGAAAGCCGAUAGCACAGCUGCACUGCGAGUGUUUCCAAUCAAAAUAUAGGAAAGUACUAUAUAAGAUCUCUCGGAUCCGCAAUGAGUCUUCAUUCAAAUUCAAAUUACCCAAAGAAAGCUUUCCAGACUUCCCAUCAGUAUGUCAACAGGCAGAUUUCUCCUCUCUGCGACUAACACAGCUGCCCCAAACGGGCGGUGAUACAUUGUGGGCGUCGGGAUACGAGAUCUGCGAUCGGAUCAGCAAGCCGUACCGAAAUAUUUUGGAAGGUCUUACUGCUAUUCACGACGGCGAGACUUUCAGACAAAUGGCGCGGUCGGGCAAGUUUCAAAUCUACGAGAAGCAGAGAGGAUCACCUGCUAAUGUGGGCGAUGACUUGUUCGCUGUGCAUCCUGUCGUGCGGACAAAUCCGAUUACAGGCUGGAAAUCGAUAUUUGCUGCAGAUGAACAAGCCGCCUUCCAGUCUCAAAUCAAUGGCUUGACUCGCAAAGAAAGUGCAAACUUACUGCAGUUUCUGCAUGAUAUGAUUACGCAUGGUCACGAUCUUCAGGUCCGUUUUAAGUGGAACCAGCCAAAUGAUAUUGCUAUCUGGGACAAUAGAUGUGUCUACCGGUAG